UAGUUCAAUUUUAUGUACGCAUUAAUAUCUUGAUUUCUAAUCUUAUCCCGAGUUUUCACAAGCGCAUGCAACAUGCGUAUAGAAACGUGUUAUUUUUGUUCGUCCCGGAUUUAUCCGGGACACGGAAUUCAGUUUGUAAGAAAUGACUGUAAGAUAUUCAGGUUUUGUCGGUCGAAAUGUCACGCUGCAUUUAAGAAGAAGAAAAAUCCAAGAAAAGUCAAAUGGACCAAAGCAUAUAGGAAGACAUUUGGCAAAGAGUUGGUAGUGGAUCCCUCGUUUGAAUUUGAAAAGCGAAGAAAUGUCCCAGUCAAAUACAACAGAGAAUUAUGGACUAAUGCAAUUGAUGCAAUAAAGAAGGUGGAAACUAUUAGACAGAAGAGACAAAAUCUACACAUAAUGCAGAGAUUGCGUAAGGGACGUGAACUAGAACAAGAAAGAGAUAUUAAAGAAGUUCAACGCGACUUGUCACUUGUAAGGUCACCUGCUGUAGGGUUGAAAGAAAGGAGGAAACUGGAAGAAACUGCAGAACAAGAAGAAAUGCAAGAUUCUAAUGAUGAGCAAGAACAACAAGAGAUGGAAGUGAAUUAGUUUUGGAAUUAUAUCGUAUCUAUAAUACGAUAAGAUGAUAAUUGAAGAUUUUGCAAUGACAUAAAAAUCUACAACUAAACUUACAUGUACCAGAUAUGUUUGUGUAUUUUUGUGUAUUUUUUUAUAGUACAACAU